AUGUGGGGUUCGAAACGUGGAAGACCUGUCUUGCUGGUAUUGCACAAGUGUACAGUUUUUUUUCCCAAACUGGUAAAUGCAUUCUACUGUCUUAUUAUUCAACAUGUGCGAUCAAUAGCUUCAUUAUUUGGGCGGUUCUUUAGCGUGGACGAGAGAUCGAGGGCCACUCUGAAGACCUUGCCUCAACCACUCCCACUGGGGAAGCAACAUCGUGCUGAAGGAAGAGACAGUGGAGAUGCUGCUGCUGGUGUUGGUUCAUAUGGCAAUGCUGCUUGUAUUGGUGGUGGCGGAGUGUCUUGGUCUUCGUCUGGUGAAGCGGCAGGCAGACGAAACGACGAAGACACUGCUGAAGAGAUGAAGAGAACGCUUGGAAGAAGACACCAAGAACUUGAAGACGAUGAAGGGAGAGAAAAAAGAAAACUACGUGUAAUGAAACAGCUUCAAGAGGAGCCCGUGUCUGGCCUCGUCACCACCAAGGGCCGGAGUGUUCAGAGUCUGGUAGUAUAUUUAUCGGAUCGUAUCCAUAUGUACAGCCCGAGCAAUACGUCUGUCUCUGGCUCUCCCCUGGCUCGUUGUCAAAGCGAAGAUGAGGUAGACUACCACCGCUCCCCUGACCUUGAUUCUCCUCUGGAUAGCGGGGACUCCUCCACUAGUGAUGAAUCCAGCGCUGACGAGGAGUCCAUCGCUGACGAUGAAUGCAGCGUUGGUGAAAACUCUCUUUCCGAGGAUGAGUCUAUCUCUGACGAUGAGUCUAACGCUGGUGAGGAAUCCAACAUUAAUGAUGAAUCUUUCAUUGACAAUGAAUCCAACGCUGGAAACGAAUACAUCGAUGGCAGUUUUCUCGAUGACAAUAUUUUUGAUGAGGCUGAGAACGCUGCCUUCACUCUGAAGCAAGUCAACGAAGAUACACAUUUGUCUUCCAUAAACGCUCAAACUAGGGCAACUUCAACACUCGGGCAACACCCAAGUGAAGCAGCGUCUGACAGAGAACCAGGAAACAUGACAGAAGGAAUACUGACUCGUGCUAAAUUACUGAGUGACUCCUUGGAAGCCUCAGGAAAGCGACCGAGUGAAGACAGAAUGACAACUCUGGUAACCGGAUAUACAGGUACGACUAAAAAAUCGCCGAAUGACAACAUAAGUGAAAAUUCAGUGAAUGAUGAAAUAACAGCACAUGAAAAGUCACAAGGUGAAGAUAAACUGAUUAUUGGACAGCUUCCGAAAGAAGUAUGUGGCGACUCGGCGAGUCUCGGACAACCAGAAGCUGAAGGGGAAACUCCUGAAACUCUUCAGGUACUAUUAGCUGAAACUAUAAUACAUUCAGCGACUCCAAUCACACAGACUGAAACAGCCGCACGUGAAGACCUCGAGACAGCCUCAUUAAUGGAUGACGAGACUAAAGAUGUUUAUAAUAUUAGCCUUAAAGAAACCGAAUCCUCAUCUGUUACUCUGAGAAGAAAUAAAGUAGCAAAUUACAGCAGUGCGCCACCCAAGCCUCCGAGGGCCAGAAUUUCAGGCUUUCCAAGCACUAUACUGAAAGACACAUGUUCUCGAUUCCAGGAAAUUCCACGCGAAUUUCAGAAUAGUGAAAAUAUCACUGAACACUCUAACGAGGAGGUGCAGCCAUUUAACCAAGAUGAAAGUCAUCGAUAUAAUCUGAACUGUAAUUCUGUUGGGAAUACUGAAAUGGAGGGCAGCAAAGGUAUUGGUACAAGUCAGCGAGCCAAAUCGUCCACGACUUGUGACGCACACAACAACAGUGUCAGGUCAAGUAACGUUAUGCGAAGUGCCGACGACUUAAGAGUGAUGCAUAAACCCGCGAUUCAGAAUAUCGUAGAUAAAAUCUCACUGUCUCCUGCUCAUCAAAAAGAGAGUAGUAUUACCAGAGCAGGUUGCAUCAAGAAGCGUACCCGAGAACCUAACUCCUGCCCAGAGACAAAGACGACACACACACCUUCCUCAGGGACCACGACGACGCAUACUCCUUCCUCAGGGACCACGAUGACUCACACGCUUUCUCCAGGGACCAUGACGACGCGCACAUCGCGCAUAUUAGGCAGCAGCAGUAAGUCCCGGCAAGACGCACCCAAGAAGCCAGCGCGAAACAGCCAGCGCAAGCCAUCUCUGCGCAGCCUGGAGCAGGACCAAGAACCCUGCACUGCCCACGGGAUUCCUCUCAACCUCUACUGCGGCAAGUGCCGUGAGGUGAUGUGCCAGGAGUGCACGGUGCACCACCAGGAGGCGCACCGGGUCCUCAACACCCCUGACGCACUUGCAACACUCCGUACCGAGGCAGUCACACUCCUAAGACACUACAUGAUACUUAAGUCUCUCCACGACACACUCAUCCAAGUGUAUACCAAGUACAUAAAAUACUCGACCCAGGUGAGUCUUCCAACACGACUGAACGACUCGUUACAUUUGUAAACAAUGAAAUUGUUUACAAGUGUCAGUUCAACUGGUGGAACAUGUGGAAUUUAAACCCAUGGCGACCCGGUCCUAGAGUAACAGUUAGGUGUCAGUUGUUUAGACGGCGUCCGAGGUGUGCGAAACGUGCUUAUAGUUCACAUAAUUUACAUCUACUUUUCAAUGGGGGUACCUGAUGCCACUGCGGGGGCUCUUGAUUCAAGGAACUGGACUUACCAUGGCCGUUGCAUCAAACCUUACUGCCUCGCAUUCCUGAAAAAAAAUGAUUUAAUCCUUACUGGUUUAGCGCUUUCCGCUGAAGAAAAUAUGCAUACAAAACACGGCUCGCCAUUUUAAUUAUAACCGAUAAGAAGUUCUAAACCCAAAGGGGGCCCGUGGCCUGGUAGGUAACGCUCUCGCUUCACACGCUGAGUGUCCCUGAUUAGAUCCAAGGCAAGGGUGGGAACACUGAACGUGUUUCUUUACACCUGUUGUUCCCGUUCACCUAGCAAGCAAGUAGGUACCUGGGCGUUAGUCGAUUGAUUUGGGUCGCAUCCUGGGGGACAAGAUGAUGCACUGACUUUCAUGGGUUAUCCUGGGUUGCUAACCCUCUGGAGUUAAAGCUUCGAGCAAAACAAUUGUCUCUUGUCUUACAACGCAUAGAUUAACAGGAAGCAGUCAGACUGUAUCCCGCUCCAGGUCACUUCCCUCAAGGGGCUAUAACCUUGUUACACAUACGAACCAGUAUUCACUUUCCUACUUUAUCGUUAAUAUUCAUAAGUUGUGGCUAGUUCUGGGUGUCUGGGACCACUGACCACAGUUAGUUAUCACUCGUGCAGAAAUAAGAGUUGUUCACCCUGUAUACAUAUUGUCUAUGCCUAAACAAGAUACCUGGAUGGGGUCAGUUAAAUUGAAUCUCAUUCCACAGGCGCUGUAGGAUGCAUGAGAGUUUAGUGCUCGCCACAGAAUAUAAUAUGUACUAACAAUAAUGACUCUGAUAAAAAAAAUAAAUUCCUGUUUUAGAACCCGUAUAUAAAAUAUGUUUAUUAUUAUUUUAUUUUUGUGUCUUAAUGAUUUUGUCAAAAGUGGUGUUGGUGUUGUUAGAAACACGAACAUUACUCAGUAAAACUAUGUUGAUCAGAGCUGUGAAUUUAUAUUUUUGCAUAAAACCAUAAAUUGACCUCUUAAUACUCUCUUGAAGAUCAUGAUGGUGAGUGAUGCUAGUGUGAUUUGCCUGUACACUAAGUCCUUACUUAACACUGGUUCAACAUCGUUUCGUUAUAACGUUGACGAGGAAAAUUUAGAUUUUAGGCCGGGGCCACAGUAUGGAGUUUGCACGUUCACCCCCAUGUCUGCGUGGGUUUUCUCCUGGUAGAACGGUUUUCUCCCACAUCCCAAAAAAUGUGCACGUUAGGUUAAUUGACGUGUCUAAAUUGUCCCAGUAUGAGUGAAUGUGUGUGUGUGUACUCACCUAAUUGUGGUUGCAGGGGUCGAGACUCAGCUCCUGGCCCCGCCUCUUCACUGAUCGCUACUAGGUCCUCUCUCUGCUUCCAGAGCUUUGUCAUACCUCGUCUUAAAUUAUUAUUAUAAUCAAAAAGAAGCGCUAAGCCACAAGGGCUAUACAGCACCUCGUCUUAAAGCUAUGUAUGGUUUCUGCCUCCAAUACAUCACUUGUUAGGCUAUUCCACUUCCUGACGACUCUGACUGAAGAAAUACUUCCUAACAUCCCCCUGACUCGUCUGAGUCUUCAGCUUCCAAUUGUGACCCCUUGUUUGUGUGUUCCCUCUCUGGAACAACCUGUCUGUCUACCUUAUCUAUUCCACGCAAUAUUUUGUAUGCCGUUAUCGUGU